UGGCUUUCUGGUCAUUUGAUAUUUUUAUUUUUCUUCAAAAAAUUAUUAUUCAGUGCAAUGUCGUAUGCCUAUUGCAAUCGUACUGACUAUAUUCAUACAGCAGAUUUUCAACAAACUGUUCUUCAUGCAAUUAGUGUUAUAUCAGUUCCAGUUUAUGUCUAUGGUUUUUACUGUGUUCUACUGAAAACUCCGCCAACUAUGCAAUCGGUUAAAUGGAGUAUGAUGAAUGUUCACGUGUUCAGUUGUAUAUUCGAUUUAUCACUUAGCUUCUUCACGACCCCAUAUGUAUUGUUCCCGGUGCUCGCCGGGUAUCCAUUAGGAGUUUUGAAGGAAAUUGGUGUUUCGGUUGAAGCUCAAGUUUAUUUUGUGGUUCUUGUUGGGGCAUACAUGAUGGUGGCAAUCAGUAUAGUUUUCGAAAAUCGUCUAUUCGUUCUUGUGAUGACCAACAAAAUGCUGCACAAAUUCGCAUUACCAAUUUAUAUAAUCCACUACAUCUUCCCUACAAUCGUCCUUCCAUCUCUAGUCAAACUUCCCGAUCAGCAGACAGGCAAAGCUAACUUUCUGCUCAAAUAUGGAUGUGUUCCACCUUACGUGGACCUCGAACGGGUUUUUUAUUUAAUAAUUACAAAACGAUAUUUUCUAAUCACUUGUGCUGUAUUUAUAUGCACCAUGUUUGCUGAGGUGUGGUUUUUUGCGUUGGUAACGGAUCGAUUGUUGAAGAAGCAGAUGACGAAAACUAUGUCUCAGAAGACAUUUGAUCUACACAAAAAGUUUCAGAGAGCUUUUAUACUGCAGCUUCUCAUCCCAUUCAUCAUUGUAUUUCUACCCAUAUCUUACAUCGGGGUCACUUGCAUUUCUGAAUAUCACAAUCAAUUUUUCAAUAACUUGACAUUAAUUAUAAUCUCAUCUCACGGAUUCUUCUCAACAAUUGCAAUGAUUGCACUACAUGCUCCAUAUCGGGAAUUUACACAGAAAAUAUUCCCAUGUUUAAAACGGUUCAGCUCUUCGGCAACCAGUUCAACAGCGCCUCAAAGUCUUAUGAUUACUAAUUUAUAA